AGCUGCCGUGCUCGAAGCGUUCCUGGAGCCCAAGCUCUCCUCCACACGUGAAGACAGAGCCAGCAGCAGACACCAUGGGGCACCUCUCAGCCCCACUUCACAGAGUGCGUGUCCUCUGGCAGGGGCUUCUGCUCACAGUCUCACUUCUAACCUUCUGGAACCCGCCCACCACUGCCCAGCUCACUAUUGAAUCAACACCAUUCAAUGUCGCAAAGGGGAAGGAAGUUCUUCUACUCGUCCACAAUCUGCCCCAGAAUCGUAUUGGCUACACCUGGUACAAAGGGGAAAGAGUGUAUGGCAACCAUCUAAUUGUAGCAUAUGCAAUAGGAACUGCACAAGCUACCCCAGGGCCCGCAUACAGCAGUCGAGAGACAGUAUACCCCAAUGCAUCCCUGCUGAUCCAGAACGUCACCCAGAAUGACACAGGCUUCUACACCCUACAAGUCAUAAAGUCAGAUCUUGUGAAUGAAGAAGUAAUUGGACAGUUCCAUGUAUACCCGGAGCUGCCCAAGCCCUCCAUCACCAGCAACAACUCCAACCCCGAGGAGGACAAGGAUGCUGUAACCUUCACCUGUGAACCUGAGGCUCAGGACACAACCUACCUGUGGUGGGUAAAUGGUCAGAGCCUCCCAGUCAGUCCCAGGCUGCAGCUGUCCAAUGGCAACAAGACCCUCACUCUACUCAGUGUCACAAGGAAUGACACAGGACCCUAUGAGUGUGAAAUACAGAACCCAGUGAGUGCGAACCGCAGUGACCCAGUCACCUUGAAUGUCACCUAUGGCCCGGACACACCCACCAUUUCCCCUUCAGACACCUAUUACCGUCCAGAGGCAAACCUCAACCUCUCCUGCUAUGCGGCCUCUAACCCACCUGCACAGUACUCCUGGCUUAUCAAUGGAACAUUCGAGCAAAGCACACAAGAGCUCUUUAUCCCCAACAUCACUGUGAAUAAUAGUGGAUCCUAUACCUGCCACGCCAAUAACUUAGUCACUGGCCGCAACAGGACCACAGUCAAGACAAUCAUAGUCUCUGAGUUAAGUCCAGUAGUAGCACAGCCCCAAAUCAAAGCCAGCAAGACCACAGUCACAGAAGAUAAGGACUCUGUGAACCUGACCUGCUCCACAAAUGACACUGGAAUCUCCAUCAGUUGGUUCUUCAAUAACCAGAGUCUCCCGUCCUCAGAGAGGAUGAAGCUGUCCCAGGGCAACACCACCCUCAGCAUAAACCCUGUCAAGAGGGAGGAUGCUGGGAAGUAUUGGUGUGAGGUCUUCAACCCAAUCAGUAAGAACCAAAGCGACCCCAUCAUGCUGACCGUAAACUAUAAUGAUCCAUCACCAGAAAAUGGCCUCUCACCUGGGGCCAUUGCUGGCAUUGUGAUUGGAGUACUGGCCCUGGUUGUUCUGAUAGCAGUAGCCCUGGCAUGUUUUCUGCAUUUCAAGAAGACUGGCAGGGCAAGCGACCAGCGUGAUCUCACAGAGCACAAACCCUCAGUCUCCAACCACACUCAGGUCCACUCCAAUGACCCACCUAACAAGAUGAAUGAAGUUACUUAUUCUACCCUGAACUUUGAAGCCCAGCAACCCACACAACCAACUUCAGCCUCCCCAUCCCCAACAGCCACAGAAAUAAUUUAUUCAGAAGUAAAAAAGAAGUAAUGAAA